AUGUUUGAACAACUUGGUAUCUUACACCAAACAUCUUGUGCUUACACUCCUCAACAAAGUGGUGUUGCUGAGAGAAAGCACAAGCAUGUAUUGGAGGUCUGUAGAGCUAUCAGAUUUCAGGGACACAUUCCAAUAAGAUAUUGGGGUCACUGCAUUCUUACUGCUGCUUACCUAAUAAAUAGAAUGCCUUCCUCAGUGCUUAACUACAAAUCUCCUUAUGAGAUAUUAUAUAAAGUUCCUCCUUCACUUAAGCACCUUAGAACUUUAGGAUGUUUAUGUUUUGCCAAGACAGUGAAUGAAUCAGAUAAACUUAAAUCUCAAUCUAUUGCUGCCGUGCAUAUGGGAUAUUCAAAAUCUCAAAAAGGGUAUAUACUAUUCGAUCUAUCUAAUCACAUAUUUUUUGUCAACAGAGACGUUGAAUUUAGAGAAGAAGUAUUUCCUUUCAAGUUUGUUGAAAAGAAUAAGCAGCUUCCUUUCUUAGAUGUUUUCUCCAAUCAAAUUUCACUUUACAAUGAUGAAGUACCAGCUUCAAUAAGUGCUGAUCAAAAUGGUGAUUCAGUAAGCAGGAAUUUAGCUAAUCAAGAUUCAGCUCCAUCCACAUCAGCUGAUCCAAAUCCUCAGAUUCCUACUGCUACAUAUCAGUUGCCUGUGUUUACAAGUGACAAUUUAACAUUUGUUCCAACAGAGUCCAGGAAGUCUUCAAGAACUAAAGUACCACCUCUUUGGAUGAAAGACUUUGUCUUUACUCAAAAAAAAUUCUAA